UGGUCAGCUAUUUAUAAUAGCUAAUUUUGUUAUUAAUUCCUACCUUCCAAAACAUCUUUGCCGAUAGCGCGGCCUUUUGUCAAUCACGCGCGAUGGUGACCGUGCCCGCAGUUGUGACCAAGACCGUUGAUCGGCUGACGGCCGAAUUUGACAAGCUCAGCACUACCCAAAAGUAUGCAGUAGGUGUUGCAGGAGGCGUGGCAUCGCUGUACCUGGUUGGGUCUCUGCUCUACAAGGGCAACGACAAGUCAAAGCCAUCAACGUUUGAGCUGACCGGUGGCUCUAUUGAGGCAUCAAAGGUCAAGGAGGAGUUCGAUGCGUACGCGGAUAGUUAUGGGAAGAACGCCGGCGAAGGCAUUGUUGAUCGUUCGAAAACCGUUCACCUGGUCGACAUCUUUUACAGCCUGGUCACCGACAUCUAUGAGUGGGGCUGGGGUCAGUCAUUCCACUUUUCCCCCAAGCUGCCGAAUAAGGACUUGCGCGCUUCGGAGGCCGCGCAUGAGGCGCGCAUCGCCGCGCUCCUCCGUCUCAAGCCGGGCAUGAAGGCCUUAGACUGCGGCUGUGGCGUUGGCGGUCCCAUGCGCACUGUGGCCUCUGUCAGCGGUGCGCACGUGACCGGCAUCACCAUUAACCAAUACCAGGUUGACCGCGCCAAGCACCACAACGCGAAGCAAGGAGUUGCGCCGCUGACCAAUGUCGUCCGAGGCGACUUCCUCAACAUGCCGUUUAAGGAUUGUACUUUCGACGGCGCCUACGCCAUCGAGGCCACCUGCCACGCUCCUAAGCUGGAGGGUGUUUACGGCGAGAUUUUCCGAGUCCUGAAGCCAGGUUGCUACUUUGUGUCGUACGAGUGGGUAUCGACGCAUAAGUACGACCCCAAGAACCCCGAGCACGUGCGCAUCAUUGACGAGAUCAACUUCGGCAAUGGUCUGCCGGAAAUGCGCACUUGGAAGGAGGCAGAGGACGCGGGCAAGAACGUCGGAUUCGAGCUGGUGAUGUCUCUGGACCUGGCUACCGCGUCAAUCGUGUCGGGACCAUGGUACGAGCGCUUGCGCAUGGGCAAGUACACUCACGCGAUCAACCACGCGCUGGUCACCGCUGUCGACGCUGUUGGCAUGGCCCCUAAGGGCCUCAAGGAGGUGCACCACAUGCUGGUCGAGGUGGCGAAGAGCCUCAUCAAGGGCGGCGAGACCGGCGUCUUCACGCCCAUGCACCUGCUGCUGUUCCAGAAGCCGGAGGCCACUGCAUCUGCCUAGGUGCAGUCGACCGCUGGUCGUAGUCGAGAGGUCGGGAACGGAUAGGACAACCUAAGCUGCUGUCCAGCGCUGCUCUCACGAUCGACUGCAUGGAGGUUUGAAACUAGGAACACAGCCAUAGGUGGAAUGGUAACAACGGAAUGCGAGAUAGGGGUAUGAGAGAGGAGCGAGGGGUGAAUAAGUAACGAGGCAAGAGAAGUGGAGGUACUGCACCCUAGUGUAAAAAACGUGCUACAGUCGGUUGGCGUGGAGGCAGCAAAUUCGCAUCUCUGGCGAAAAGAAUGAAGUGGGGCCCGGUAUUUUCCCACAGCUGAAGGCGUGUUACUUUGGAGGACUGGCUGUGAGAUGAGAGCUGAGGUAACAGCUAUGCUUUUUGCUGCUGUUCAGGUGCUGUGGAGUGAAAUUGGCUAGUUCUUAUCUAACCUAGUCUAAAGGGGUGUUGGUUGGGUGUGAAGUUGUAACUCGGGCGGCGUGUGGUGUUAAGAGGCGUUGAUAAAUUUUCACAAAGUGAUGCUGUUGCUGUUCAAUCUUUUCUGGGAGUUGGUUCCUGCAUCUUGAUAUGAAUUCGGUAUGUUGUUGGAUGGCCGGUACGGGUUCACGCUGCACGUUCGUUUGCCCGGCCUAACCAGGGCCACUGGGCGGUCGUCACAGCGUGUGGCUUAGUAGCGGCGCGAUUUUGACUUCCCUGACAGUUUUGGUGACGACAAGAGUUCACUUGCGACUUUUGUCGUUUACUCCGUGUAGCGUGAGAGACGCUGCGACAUAACGACUGCAAGUUUGGCAUGGUUCCGAGUCGAUAUUCUUAGCCCUCCGCCUGCUCGUGCUGCGUGCGUUUGUUGUACUCACUACUUGCAGCUGCUAUUUUUCUCCAGCUGACGUAGGAUUUACGGUCGCUAUGCUAGCUAGAUGGCUUUUGCGGUGUGAAUCUCAUUCUGCCCGGAGUUUUGACGAAUGCGCGGACGCCCAACUAGAGCUAUUGGCAGUCCUGAAUGGAGUCUCGUGUGCAUAAGCGCACCGCGAAUGCCGCGGGAAGAAGCAUCAUAUGCAGUUAUGAGGUGAGAGGAUGAGAGCGCGGAAAGGGUUGACGUUGUGCCCCAGGCCACUUGUGUCCGCUGCAGUGACUGAUCGCCGUUUGCUGUGCGGAAUCGUCUGCAGAAAGAGGGGCGCUGUGGAUGGUGACCAGAACAUGUAAUGGUUGAUUCAGGACAAGUCUUGUGGCCAUGUGUCGUUGGCUACGGUAUGGAUCUGGCCAUCGCAACUGUUUCAGGCAAAAUUUGAUCAAAAUGUACGUCCAAGCUGGAGGAGGUGGGCUGGGGAGCGUACAAGGCGUGAAGGGCCCUGGGCGGGGGCGGGGCGAGGGUGAAUUGUAGUACGAAGUAUAUAGUGCAGAUCAGCUGUACAUGAUCUUGCAGUGUCAAUAUUGUUCACUGCUGCUGCUGCUGCGGGCGGGGGGCGUUUAAGGGGGUAAGAGGGGAGUCAAGGCGGGUGAAGGGACUUGGAGCGGGGUACCGGAGGCACGAAACUGUGGAUGUUGGGUUUUUCCCCCCUCUUCCCCCCCCCCCGGGAGGAAGACAUCCCAGGGUCGCCGAGACAUGGGAGUGGUCUUGUUAAGGUCGUUGUGACGGUUAACCGGUACGGGACAUUUGCGGUUGUGGCAGUUGGUGCGGAUCACGGACUACUGGGCGAGUCUCAACUAAUGUUACAAGUGUGAAACGAACUGUUCGCG